AUGUCUACGGAAAGGAACUAUCAGCAAUUUCAUCUUUUUUUUUUUCCUAGACUUAACAUUUCAGAUGAUUUAAAGAUUGGCUUUUUCACCACAGACCAUGCUACUCAAACAGAUCCCAGUGAAAUUUUGCCAAUGAAAGAGUUGACCUCGACUACACAAGGGCUAGUGAAGAUUGUUAAAGCCCUUCAAGUGGAUUUUGGGUUCCUCAGACAAUUGCUUCAAUUGCAGUUUGAGGAUCGACUUAAAGAGGAGGCUUUGAAUCUUUUCAAUGCUCUACAUGACAGGAUCACAUCGAUCGAGAAACACUAUCAACAGAAUGAGGAGCAGAUGAGAAAAUGCUUCAAUCAGCAGUUAGCUGAUGCCAUAGCUAUUACCAAAGGAAUGUACACGCAAUUCUUUGAGGUGGAAGAAGAGAAGACAUCUGUACAAGACUCCAAUACUGUCAAAAUGAAUGUUUUGUUAAGAAAACUGAAAGAGAAAGAUCAAAUUAUUAAGGAAUUAACCGAGGAACUAGAACAACAUGAAGAAAAUGACUUUUUAAAAUUUCUGCAUUUCAAGGAGUCCUUUACCAAAGAGGUCAGCCCUCCGAAAACAACCAUGGAAAGGGAAAAUUUGGAGUGGAAAGUGGAAAAUGAGAGACUGACUCAAAUCAUUACAGAACUUGAUGAAGAAAUACAACUCAAUCUAAAAGAAAAUGCAGUAUUAGAAGACGAAAUUUUCAUUCUGAAAGAGAUGGCAGAAAAGGAUCAUAAAACCAUUCAAAGGCUAAUUGAUGCAAGAGAGAAAUUAAAACUUGAGCUUGAAAAUGAAAAAUCACUAGUUCAAGAUAUGGUUACUAAACAGAAAGAAGAGAUGGAAACAAGAAGAAAGGUUGACACCAUAAACAUCAAGAGCCUGAGAGCAUCGAAGGGGAGAGAAACCUCUUUGUCCCCGUGGCCCACAAGACCCAGGGAGUCAUCCAGGGGUAUGAUACCUUCAAGACCACAAACGCCCUCUAUAAGCACAUCGCCUGCUAAGAUGAAAAAACCAAAGCCCUUAAAGAAGUCUUCCAAGGAAGAGCUACCUGUGAGUGAAGACAGAAAAACUUUGCAAGACCAAAUAGAAAUACUGAAGACUACUUUAGAGAAUGAAAAAAAGAAGGCAGAAAGGUUUAGGAAGGAAUCAGAGAGGAUAAACAAAAACUGGGAAAAGAAAUUCAUUGUUCUCAGGAACAGCUUUCAUGUCCUUAAGGAUGAGAUGUUUACUAGGCACACACUGUUUCGUCAGUUUGCAGUGCUUGCUGAUACAUCCUUCAAUUAUACUAGAGUAAAACCCUUAUUUGUACAGUCUAGUGUGAACCUAACAGAUGCUACGUCUUCCCGAAGUGACAUUAAUACAUAUUCAAGAGGCAGCAAGUUCAUAGACUUGGGCAGUGAUCAGAUAUCCUCUCAACAUUUAUCAAAAGGGAGAUCGUCAGGUCUCCUGGUAGAAGAGAGGUCCAACCGGAAGAUGCUCCAGAACACCCCUGUGGACAACGUGGACAUGGCUGAGUAG